AGUACACGCAGUUACUCCCAACGAAAGGGAACUCCGCUAACGCUUCAACUUCGAGAGUUGACGUUGCCACACGAAGUUUUGUGCAUCGACGUGCGUGAUGUAAUCUAAUGGCAAGAUACCAGCUCUACUUUGGAAUGCUGUGCAUGAACUACAUCAUUCACUGAAUAAUAAAUAAACAUGAGGCUCUCCUGGAAUGUAAUACUUUUGGCGAUCAGUUUUCUACUGGAAGGAUGUCUGGCCAAUUUACCUCCUCUAUUCACAAUGGAUAUGAACAAUUUAGUGAUUCCCGAAAAUACUCCCGUGGGUACAGUUAUCUACACUCUGCAAGGUAAUGAUCCAGAGAAUAGUCAAGUGCACUACGACCUCCAAGGAACUGACGUGUUACAAGUUGAUCAAGCGACAGGAGAAGUCAGAAUUAUAAAACCACUGGAUUACGAGACAAACAACACUCUGAAUGUCAUUGUAAGCAUAGAGGAUGAAGUGGAAGGAGGAGGAAAAAAUAAUAUCGUGGAAGUUCCUAUCACGGUAAUCAUCUCUGACGAAAACGAUAAUCAGCCGGAAUUUAAAAAUACGCCGUACGAAAUCAUCGUUAACGAGGACGCCAUGCCCGGAACACGAGUGUUUUCCAGCGUCACCGUCGCCGAUAAGGAUACGACCGGAUCGAACAUCGAGGUGGAAUGCAUAAAUAUCCCGGAAUACCGCGAUGCCUGCGAAAUCUUCAAUAUCGAAACGCUCUCCUCCGAGCAGAAUUCGUUCGAAGGUGCGAUAACCCUACGGAGAAAAUUAAACUACGCCGAACAGCAGCGGUAUGGAUUCGUUCUCAGGGCGACGGAUGGCGAACUGAGCAGCACUGCGAAUGUUUCAAUUAACGUUGGUGACAUUCAAGAUACUCCUCCCUACUUUAUUGGAAACUUAUCUUCCGAAGUAGAUGAAAAUGCACCCAUAAACACGCUGGUUUUGACAGCACAUGCAGAAGAUGGCGAUAGGGGCAAUCCAAGGAAAAUUGUUUACGAAAUAGUGGAUAAUCCAAUGGAUUAUUUCCUCAUAGAUGCAAUAUCAGGGGAAGUGAGGACUGCUAGACCUCUGGACAAAGAGGCCAUCUCUAAUCCCGAGGGUAUCCUAAAGUUCCAUAUAGAGGCUCACGAAUUGAUCGAUGGUAUAGAAAGUCAUGAGCCUCUCACAAUGGCCAAGGCCGAAGCGACGAUUAGGAUCAAAGAUGUCAACGACGAACCGCCAGAAUUCAAUAAGCGAGAGUAUUUCGUCGAAAUUCCGGAAAACAUACAAGAAGGGUCUGCCCUACCCGGAUUAGACAUGAUCGUCAAGGACCCGGACGAGGGGAAUAAUUCUGCUUUCUCUUUGGAACUCAUGGACAUUUCGGAAGUCUUCUCUAUCGAGCCCAAAACGGCGAUAGGCUCCACGUCUGCGAUGAUUCGCGUAGUGAACAGUUCCCUCGACUACGAAGAUCCGAACCAACGAAAAUUCAUAAUCCUAGCCAUCGCCAAAGAGUUGUACACAGAGGAGAAGCUUUCUUCAACGGCCACAGUGACCAUCAUCGUAGCAGACAUUAACGACAAUCCGCCGGUUUUCGACCAGGAGAGCUUCUCAGCUACGAUAUCGGAAAUAGCUACGCCAGGAACUCUCGUGACUACCAUCGUAGCCAAAGAUAGGGACAGCGGGCGAUUCGGAGAGAACGGUGUCGUCUAUAGACUGGGAGGCAGUGGGUCAGAAAAAUUUGUCGUCAAUAAUCGAACGGGUACAGUGACAGUGGCAUUUUGUGAAAAACCUGGUACGGUCAGUUGUUUGGACUUCGAAACGAAAGCAGAAUACCAACUGCAGUUCAUGGCAACAGAUGAUGAUGGCAAAGGUCAAACUUCUACUGUUCCGCUCAAGAUUUAUCUCACCGAUACGAACGAUAAUCCUCCCGUAUUCACCCAGUCAGUCUACCGAGCUUUCAUAAAUGAAGGCACUGUGAAAUUAGAUCCAGAUUUAAUUGUAGAAGCUAUUGAUGCUGACAAAACAUCACGCAUAUCUUAUUCAAUAAUAGCUGGAAACGAUGAAGGAUUAUUCAGUAUUCUGCCGGUUGCUGGAAUAAUAAGGAUAACUAACAACAAGGGAUUGAAUAUCAGCCAUGAUACCGAUAAUAUUGUUUCGUUGACUGUUAUGGCUACUGAUGGUAAAUACACCUCUACAUCCAUAGUGAACAUCACAGUUUUGGACAUAAAUGAUCAUGCUCCCGUAUUUCCAGAAGUCAAUUAUAUUGAAUCUGUUCAAGAAGAUGUUCCGAUAGGUACAUCCAUUGCCCAGUUAGAAGCAUUGGACUCCGAUAGUGGAGACAAUGCAGCCAUUGAAUACGCCAUACAAAAAGGAGGAUACGAUGAUUUCAAGAUUGAAAAUUCUACUGGUAUUGUGACGGUUUCAAACAAGCUAGAUUUUGAUCGAAGAAACACAUACCAUAUUGAAGUUGUUGCCAUGGACCACGGUGUACCAAGUUUAAGUGGAACUACAAUACUUACCAUCAAUAUCGUCAAUGUGAAUAACAAAAUGCCAUAUUUUGUUCCCACUACUCAAACGGCAGAGGUUAUGGAAGACGCUGCUGUUGGUUCACUGGUUUAUACAUUAACAGCUUUGGAUCCUGAUGUGAAUACAACCGAAGCCCUAAAUUUCGCUGCAACUGAACCAAUAACAGCACUAGAUAAGCAUGGUCACGAAGUAUUGGAAAACAGCAAAUUCAAAGAUUUCUUCUCUGUCGAUAAAAAUACUGGCAGAGUUACUGUAGCGAACCCUAUCCUGAGAGACAUAGCAUCUGUGGUAAGGAUAAGCAUCUUAGUCACCGAUAUAACGGCACCGACUGUACAACAAGGACAAGGUCUUCUGGUUAUCACUAUUGGUGAUGUUAACGAUUCCCCUCCGAUGUUUCUACCUCCCUGGACUGCAGAAAACCCCAAUUAUUAUCUAGAGCUCAAAGAGGAACAGCCGGCUGGUACCAUUGUGGCUACCUAUAAAGCUAUCGAUGAGGAUUCUGAUAUUGCUGGGUAUAUCAUCCAUCCAGAGAGUGAAUACUUUCAGAUAAACAACGGCACCGGCAUAGUACAGUUAAAGAAAAAAAUCGACUAUGAGACGAUCCGAGAGCUCAAUUUCACCAUCCUCGCGUUUGAUACCGGUUUCCCUCAAUUGAAUGCCUCUGCCACCAUUUUAGUGAAGAUUACCAACCUGAACGAUAAUGAUCCUACCUUCACCCAGGACCAGUACAAUACCACUAUCAAUGAAAACUCACCAAAUGGCACUGUAGUACUAGCUGUCCGAGCACUAGAUAAAGAUGCUGAAGAGUAUGGAGAAGUGCGUUAUACAUUAGCUGGUGAACAUAGUGAGAACUUCGCGAUAGACAAUAAAACCGGCUAUAUAACAGUGGCCAAUUCUAACUUUCUUGAUCACGAGAGAAUUAAUGAGACUGUGAUACAAGUUGUAGCUUUCGACCUCGCACCUCGUAACUUAAGACGGACAGUUUCGGUUCCUGUUUACCUGAAGAUUAAUGACGUUAACGAUAACGCGCCGCAAUUUUACCAGAAGGAAUAUAAUGUAACGAUAAUGGAAGAUGUGCGAUUGAAUCCGCCUGUGCCCAUUAUUCAAGUCAAUGCCACAGAUGAGGAUUCAGGAGUUCAUGGAAGUAUUCAUUUCAGUAUCCUAUCGGGAAACGAUAACGAUGUUUUCCUAAUGGGUUUCGAUACUGGCAUACUUUAUACACAUAAAUCACUGCUUGGGCAAACGAGGGAUUUCCAACUCGCGAUAGAAGCGAGAGAUGGUGAAGGCAAUGGACAAUUAUUCGAUAGAGCUGUUAUCAAUGUACACGUCUUAAAUGUCAACGAACAUAGACCCGAAUUCAUCAUGCCUGCACUCUCGAAUGCCACUGUGGAAGUUUUGGAGAAUGCUGCUACGAAAGACUAUCUGGUUAUGACAGUCAAAGCCAUAGACAAAGAUGAUCAUGAUAAUGGAAAAGUAACCUAUCAUUUCAAAGUUGAUAAUGUCAAUGUUCAAGAAACAACUGAAUUCUCCAUAAAUCCUACCACUGGAGAGCUGAAAACCAAGCAAAUUCUAGAUCGUGAAAUGAAACCAAAAUAUCAAUUGAUUCUGGUAGCUAGAGAUCAUGGUUCGCCUAAAUGGUAUGAAACCAUCAGACACCUUACGGUGUUACUUGUGGAUGAAAACGAUAAUAGACCAGAAUUUCCAGGAUCCAAAUCAACGAAUCCUUAUCACUUUUUCGUACUGGAAAAUAAUCCAAAGAAUAUAUUGAUCGGGCAAGUGAAAGCUCUCGACAGAGAUGAGGGUAACCAUGCUAAAGUCUACUAUUACAUUCUCUCCGGAAACUCUGAAGACGCUUUCUACCUAGACCGAACUGACGGCGGCAUAUAUGCCAACAAGUCCUUCGAUAGGGAACAAACGGAAGAAUACGACCUCCUAGUGAUAGCAAACAACGAUCCAAACUUCCUGGUCUCCUCGGAUGACCUUCAACCGGACGAAGAUGACAGGAGCAUCGCUAAGGUCAAGGUCACCAUCAGAGACCUCAACGACAACCCGCCGAUUUUCGAGCAGCAAAUCUAUUAUGCUGCGGUCAACGCCAUGGCUAACAUCAACGAUUUUGUUGCCAACGUGACGGCAGUGGAUCCGGAUUCGGGCUUGAAUGGGUCGUUAACUUACUACAUCAAAGCGACAAAUCUGUACAAGUUCAAUUCGAAUCGGAGCUCUGGAUCCAUUAUUCCAUCGCCGUUCAACAUCAGCGACAAGGGGGAAAUUUGUACUGCUACUUACUUGGCGGAGAAUAAUCAGCACAGAUUUGUGAUUGACGUGAUCGCUAGAGAGAAUGCGUUUCCCGAACGCGAAGCUUAUGCCAAGAUUCAUGUAUGGAUUUUCGAACCAGAGCAACUUAUAAGGGUCAUCCUCUCUAGGCCGAGAGAGGAAGUGAUCAAUGAAAGAGAGGAGAUUAUCGCCGAAUUGAGCAAUGCUACCCAGAGUUUGGUUAUAAUUGAUGAAAUUCGAUAUCAUACAGACGACAAUGGAGUGAAGAAUGAAGAUUGGACCGACCUUUACAUCCUCGUCGUCGAUGCCAAAUCUCAGAUAAUUCAACCAGUGCCCGAUGUCUUGAAGACGAUCGAUUCGAAAUACGAUUUUCUCAAAGACUAUUAUGCCGGCUUUGCCAUUGAGAAUGUCGUUCCAGCCUUCGUAACAGAAAAAGCAGAUACCUUCGAUCCUGCAUUAGUUGCCCUCAUAGCCCUUCUCAUAGUGCUCAUAGUCGGCAUCAUAACGUUUAUCGUGGCCUGCUGUUGUCUCCGACACUGGAUAAUAUCCCCAACGGAUCUCAAGAAAAAAGACGCACUGAUCAAGAAAGCUAUCAUUGACGAUUUGAAUACGACUGAGAAUCCUCUAUGGAUAGAACAGAAAUUGAAAAUUUACGAAGAACAGGAGCUGACAAUGCAAGUUUUUAAUGAACCAGAGCAAAUUAUCCAUGCCAGAAGAGAUAGUGACGACUAUGUGACGGACAACACGUAUGCUACUAUACAACACCCCAAUAGAAGAGGUUCAUCACAUUUGGCGUCUAUGUCGAUAGCAGAUGAUUUAGCUGACUAUGCGACACUGUCAGGUGUACCAAAUCACAAAAAUGAGAGUAAUAAUAGCUCUCUUAGAGGAGAAUCUAAUUAUUAUGAAGCUGCCAUGGGGUUUCAAGGUUCGACUUUCCAAGUGCCAGAUAGAUUAGGCCAUUCGAAAGACUACAACCCUUAUGGUGCGAAAUUCGAAGGUUCGGAGCUCACCAUCAAUCAUGAAGGACAACCAGAAUACGUGGCAGAACUGAUUUAAGAUAUAGUUUUGAAUAUAUAGUUUCGCCUGAAAUUAUUGAAGAAUUGACAAUAUUACUUGACAAGUGCUGUUGUUUUUUUUUUUUUUCAAUAAUAUUUUAUUGUUUGGAAUGAGCUAUGGCUGUAGACGAUAAGAUUCAUAUUAACUUCUUGAUAUUAUUUUAGAGAAUUAUGAAACUGGUGUAUUGAUGAUGCCACUAUUUCGUGAAAUGCAGUUGUUUUGUUUCAGUGGUCGAGUGAGUGUCCACCAGUUAUUUAUUCAUCUCAUUUCAUUAUAUAUUGCAUUAAUUUCAAUCUCCUGUUCGAUCACAUUGCCAUAUCAUCUUUUAUGAUUAGUAUAGGAAUUUAUUUAUAGAUUUUUCUAGAGAAGGAAAAAGAUAAUUAUAAAUAUUGUAUACAUUUGUACAUAUAAAAUAAAAUAUCUUUACAUAU